AUGGGGCUGUUCUUAAUUUUAUUACAAAAGCAAAUGAGCAUAGACACUUGCGAAGAUCAGGUGGAGAUGGCAGACUGUGUUGUCGUUUUUGUACUUAACAAAAUCACAAACUUAUUAGCAGAAGAAGCAACACUGCUUCGGGGAGUCAAGCACGAUAUCCAGUAUAUCAAAGAUGAAUUGGAGAGAAUGAUAGCCUUUCUUGGUGUGGCUGAUGCUUUAGAGGACGGAGAUGCAGAGGUCAAAGUCUGGGUUAGAAACAUCAAAUUCCAUCAUAAACUUGUCUUUGAAAUCAAAGCCAUCAGAUCAAGACUCUGCAAUAUUGCAAAGGGCCAUCAGAGGUACCAUUACAAAUUUUAUGUCCCGGAGCAAGGUUUAAGUUCUAACCGUGCCUACGAUACUGUAAAUGAUCGUAGAGGUGAUGCAUUAUUGCUAGAAGAAGCUGAGCUCGUGGGCAUUGAAAAUCCCAGACAACAGCUAAUCGGUUGGCUCGUGGAGGAUGAUCCCAGACUUAAAGUGGUUUCGGUGGUAGGAAUGGGAGGUUCAGGAAAGACCACCCUGGUUAAGAAAGUGUAUGAGGAUGCAGCAGUCAAGAAAAACUUCAAUAGCCUUGCUUGGAUAACAGUUUCACAGUCCUUCAAGGUUGAGGAGGUUUUGAAAGACAUGAUUCAACAGCUCUACGAGGAAGUGAAACAGCCAGCACCUGAAGGACUAAGCACCAUGAACAGUAAUAGACUAAAAGCAAUAGCAAAAGUAUUCCUGCAAUCGAGAAUGUAUUUGCUAGUUUUUGAUGAUGUCUGGACCAUUCAAGCUUGGGAUGCUAUCAGAUAUGCUUUGCCUGAUGUAAAUAGUGGAAGUCGUGUUAUCCUCACAACACGUCUUUUCAAUGUAGCUUCCUUUUCUAGCAUAGAGACCAAUGGCUAUGUUUAUGAGUUGAAGACAUUGUCUGCAGAAGAAUCUUGGAUUCUUUUCUGUCAAAAGGCAUUUCAAGGUAAUUCAUGCCCUUCAAACUUGGAGAACAUUUCUAGGAACAUCUUAAAGAAAUGUGGUGGAUUGCCGCUGGCUAUUGUGGCUGUUGGUGGGGUUUUGGCUACAAAGAACAUGACUAAUAUUAGGGAAUGGGGAAUGCUUAAUCACAGCCUUGGCCCUGAACUGGAUAGCAAUGACAAAUUUGAUAGUAUGAGAAUCGUGUUGUUACUAAGUUUCAAUGAUCUCCCCUACUAUCUUAAACCAUGUUUCUUGUAUUUGAGCAUUUAUCCCGAGAAUCAUCUAAUUGAGCGCAAUACACUGAUCUACCGGUGGAUAAUAGAAAGGUUUGUGAAACUAAAAGAGGGGAGGGUAGUUGAAGACGUUGCAGAAAGCUAUCUGAAUGAACUCAUCAACAGAAGCUUGAUCCAUCCAGUUCAGUACAAUGACGACGGUAGCUUGAAAUUGGGACGGAUUCAUGACCUAUAUCGUGAGCUUAUUCUUUCAAAAUCAAGAGAUGACAACUUUACUACAACUACUGAUGAGCAGAAUGUAUUGUGGCCUGAAAAACCUCGGUGCCUGUCAAUCCAUGGCACAUUGGGGAACCUACAAGUGAAAAGGUCAGCCACUAAACUCCGCUCUUUGCUUACAUUUGGUAUAGCAGAUUCACAGUCCUUGUCUUGCAUAAGUCAAGUGCUUGGUAGCUCCAGGAUGCUCAAAGUUUUAGAUUUGAGAGGAUCUCCUCUAGAAAUGAUUCCAGUGACGGUUUUCGAAUUGUUUCACUUAAGGUAUCUAAGCUUGAGGAAUACCAUUGUGAAAAAACUUCCAAGAUCCCUUGAAAGGCUCAAACAGCUAGAAAUAUUAGACCUUAAGCAAACAUAUGUCACUGAGUUGCCUGUGGAGAUUUUAAAACUUGAAAAUCUCCGUCACCUUUUAGUCUAUAGCCAUGUAUCCUAUUCGUAUCUUCCUUACAAUUGUUCACCAGGUUUUAAGGCUUUCAGAGGAAUUGGAGCUUUGAGAGCCUUGCAGAAACUAGUUUAUAUUGAGGCAACCCCUGGCAGUGGCAUACUCAGAGAAGUAGGGAUGUUGAGUGAACUGAGACGACUUUGUAUUCUGAAGUUGCGAAAAGAAGAUGGGAGGAUUGUGUGCUCAUCAAUUGAAAGGCUCUGCAAGCUUCACUCUUUAAAUCUUAAAUCGGCGGAAGAGCAUGAGAUUCUUGAUCUUUCUUGCAUGUCUUCUCCUCCACCUCUUCUUCAGCGCCUGUAUUUGACAGGACGCAUUGUUAAGUUUCCCGAGUGGAUGCUAGAUCUUAAUUCCUUGGUCAAAAUUUACUUCAGGUGGAUUCGUUUAACAGAAGACCCACUCAAAUAUCUCCAAGAUUUUCCCAAUCUUGUCCAUCUUGAAUUUCUUGUGGGAUACACUGGAGAGGAUCUGUACUUUGAGCAAGAGAAAUUUCAAAGGCUUAAGCUGUUAAAUUUGGACAAGUUGGAAGGACUAAGACGGGUGACAAUCGGGGAGGGUGCAAUACCAAAUCUUGAGAAGCUGGUUAUCCAGAGAUGUGCUUUGCUGGAAAGCAUGCCAACGGGAAUCGAGUGCCUCCUUAAUCUGAAGGUUCUUGAAUUCUUUGACAUGCCUGAUGAAUUUAUCAUGACAUUGCGUCCAGACAAACUAGGUGCCGAUUCUUGGAAAAUUUCACAUAUCCCUGAAGUAUAUUAUACGUAUUGA